AUGUAUUCCAUGGACCAUCUCGAGCGGGACAUGAUGAGCCGGCACUACCUGUACGAGGCGCACAGCUUCCUCGGGAACCCGGCGAUCCCGGCAUUGCCACCGCACUGCGGCGUGCCCACCACGGCGACCUUGCCGGCGAUACCGUCGCAACUGCCGUCGCAUCCGUCCGGUAGCACCGGUAGCACCAGCGGCAGCGAGCACUACCUGUACGACGAGAACAGCAGCGACAACGAGAGCGUCUACAGCAGCGAUCAGGAGAACCACGCGAGAGAACGAAGUCGGGGUAACCGGCGUAGCGGUACGUCGGGAAAAUGCCCGCGACAGGUGCAGGUGCAGCAACGACAGGCCGCGAAUAUGCGGGAACGGCGGCGCAUGCAGAACAUAAACGACGCUUUCGAGGGCCUGAGGGCCCACAUACCGACAUUACCGUACGAGAAGAGGCUGUCGAAGGUCGACACGCUGAAGCUCGCCAUCGGUUACAUAAACUUCCUCAACGAGCUCGUCAGGGCCGACAAGGGUAACGACCCGCUGACCGGGAACAACGGUCUCACGAGGUGUUCCAGCCGAGACGACUCUAAGAAGAUCAUAGUCCGUGGCAGCGGUGGGAACCCCUUCAUCUCGCACUCGCUCUCGUGGUCCAGGAAGUCGGACAUCUCACCGAACGGUAUGAUGUACGCGAAAGUUUGGACGCCGGAGGACCCGCGAACGUCCAAGAACGGGACAACGUUCGAAUAGAAACGACGACAACGGCCCGUCGACGGCUCGUCGGGGUUCCCGAACUCCCUCGUGACAGCUCCGAGAGGAGCGCCGGCUGUCGCUCGGGCUCUCCCCGUUCCCCGCGUGUUAUUUAGUGUCUAAGGAAAAGCGUUUCUAGUCAUUCGACCUCUCGUCAAGCAAAAAUGUAACUUUGUACCUUUCCAUCGUCGAGGAAGCGUCUCCGACGUCUUCGGCGCGGCAGAUCAUCAUUCAUGUUCGCGCGCGUAUUCUUGCGAGAUCUCGUCUCGAGGCAGGAGGCGAGCUUGCGUCGAAUCAGACGGACGCGAAGAAGAACUUACCGCGCGCGUAUCCACGUAUUUACGAGACAUUUUUACGAAAAACGUUCCGCGCGCGGAGCGUGCUUGUAAAUAGGAUACCCGAAAUCGAAUUAGACGAACUGAUAAUAAGGGAUAAGCACCGUUUGUAUACCGUAAU